AUGUUUCCACUUAGAGGAGUAAGAACUGUGGGACUUUUAAGGCGUACCAAUGGCCAUCGUCUGUUUAGUAGCUCUAUAAGGCUGCUUGAUGCCGAAGGAGUUGUUAAGAAACCAGCCCCAUUCAACCCUCGUCAUAUGGGUGUCGCAAAUCAAGUUUACAUUCCUCCUUCAAAAAAGAAUAUGCCAAACCCAAUUACCUCUCCCGUUGCAUUUUUCAAUGUGAUGAUUAGAAAGAUGUAUACUUUAGGAAUGAACACAAUCCAAGUGGCCCUAUUCAGAUACCAAUCAGGAUAUAAGCCUCAAUUUCUAUUGUGGAAAAAUAAGGCCAUUGAGACAUAUGUUCAAGUCAACAAGGCCUUCGCUAACCGUCAGUUGGAAGAUAUCAAACCGCAUGUAUCCAUUUGGGUUGACGAGGCUCUUACUUCCAGAUCAAAGCAAAUUCCAGCCGGUAUUACUCUAGAUUGGGAAUUAAUCAAAUUCAACGAAGUUCCGAAAUUAGUAUCAACACAAGCCAUGAUGAUCCCAGGCAGACCGGUGGAAUUAAUCCAACUUAUCUAUAAAUUCGAUACAAAACAGAGAUUGAUUAAGUUCAAUAAGAAGAGUGGCAAAGCUGACAAACUAGAUAGAGAUGUUGUUGAUUAUGUUGCAUUCCUAUGUGAUGCAUCUACCAACGAUAUCCUACUAAUUGGUUCUGUUUUCGAAAGUGCACCUGAUGAAAAGCUACCCAAAGACAGCGAGACCUCUAAUAAGAUCGUGAUCGAAAGAAUGAAGACUAACGGAGAUUUAUUCAGAGUUCCACCACCUGUCAAAAAAAAUUAG